AGCAUACACACUUCUCAUUUUUUCUUUCUGUUUGGCACAGGCCACUCUGGCCAGGAACAGAGCGACAAUUCUGAGAUUUAUGAUCAAAAGACAACGGAUAAGAGUACAAACACUAGCGCUGCCGGGAACCCAAGUAACCCAGUGUCAGCUGCACAUGGCCCAAGACGUGAAAGGAUAGGAAUGUGCGUUUCGCUAACAAAUGUGUACGCAUCGAAAGGAAAAAGCUUUAUACAGUCCAGUCAAAAGCAUGGCCUGGGCGACGGACCUGAGUCUUCAUCUACUAAGAAGACUGCCAGCAAUGGCCCUUUGUGGUCCCUGUACACAGAGAAGCAAGCCCUGGAGCAGCUGACAACUUCAGAAGCAGAAAUCAGUAUCUUUCAGGAGCUGCUUUCAAAUACAAGGGAUAUGGGGAGAAAUGCUAGUGUAGAUUUUGAAGUACCACAAUCCGUCCCUGAAGAUGUGAAAGAGUCUAUGGUUAGCGGUCCACCACCAAACCCUGAAGAUGGGGCUUCUGUGGGUAAAAAGACAGAAUUCAGAACUUCUCUUUUGCCAGCGGUGCGAAGACCUUCUACAACCCCCAAAGAGGCCAUUGUUUUAAUAACAACAGAGGCUCAGGUGCUUCGGGCUCCUUCUCCUGUCCAAUCAGAAGAAGCUUCCAGCCUUGGUUUGCAAGACAUCUGCUCUAAAACAGAAAAUGUCCCUACUGUCUGCAAAGAAAAAACAGAAAAUGGCCCAACUGUCUGCAAAGAAGAGCCUCCCGGAAGUGUUCUCCAGGCCUGCACCGUGAGCAUCUCAACUGUGACAAGUACCACAGAAGAGGGAGGCAUUUCUACGGAGAAGCCUGAAACUGCAAAAGUGUCUCCAGAUUCAAAGAGUACACCAGAGAAAGAGAGUGGUUCUGAGAAACAGCUGGCCGCUGGACCUUCUUUCCAGUGCUUGAAGAAGCCUAAAGAUGAACAAAACGUCUUCCAAGAAUCAGAAAAUGUAGUUGUGGGAUUGAACAGUGUGGAGCAGCAGUUGGCUCUUGGAUAUUCUUCCCAGUUCUUGAGAGAGCCCGAAGCUGAAAAAGGCUCCCCACAGUCAGAGAGCAAUGAUGACACGGGCAGUAGCUCAAAGGAAGUGAGUCCUGGUCCCUCUUCCCAGUCCUUGGGGAAGCAGGGAGUAGUCUCCUCAGAGUCAGAAAGUUCCGAUGUGGAGCAGCUGGCUCCCCCAGCACCUUCCCAAGCAAUCCUGAAGCCGGAGGAUAAAGACGUUUCCCCAGGAUCAAAUGGUUAUGUUAAAAAGCACAAUGGUGCUGAGGACUGGAAGAGCUCAGAGGAAGGGCUACCUCUCAGAUGCCCUAAUCAGGCCUUGGAAAAACCUGAAGACCAGCAAGAAGUGCCCUCAGUUCCCGAGAAUGCUUGGGAAGUACAGAUGCCUUCCAAACACCCUGUUCAGUCCAUUGUGAGGCCUAUUGUUCAGCCACACGUCUCCUCCAGUUCUGUGAGCAUUUGUCUAGGACAGCACGGUUCUGAGGGGCCAGUGACUUCCGGCCAUCUUUUCCAGCCAUGGGUGCACCCUAAAUUUGUGCAGCCAGUCCCCGCAGAUGAAGAGAGUGCUGUUGAAUGGGGCAGUCUUACCCAACCACUGAUUCACGGAAUGAUUUCUGAGUACCCAAUGAAUCCUAAAGCUGAGCAAAAAUCCUCCUCAGGUGCAGUAACUACAUCUAUGGAAGAAAUUUCUAUGGAGAUGUUGCCUCCCAGAUAUUCUCAGCCCCUGGCAAGACCAAUAGUUGAGGAAGAAGCCUCUGAGUAUCCAGAGAGCACUUCUGCUGAGCCGAGAAUUUACAUGGCCCUAGGGCAUCCCUCACGCUCUUUCCAGCAGUGGGUGAGCCCUCAAGUAGAACAUCAAGUUGUCUCAUCUCCAGAGAGGCCUGCUGUGGAAGAAGGGGGCCUUUUUGCUGAUCAGCUGCCUCCCGGACAUCUUCCCCAGCCCUUGAUGAACUGUAUAGUCCAACAAAGCAUGACAGGUUCAGAGGGUGCUGCUGCUGAGGUCACUUCUGCAGAGCCAAGGUACAGCAAAUACUCUCUCCCAAGUCCUCAAGUCCAGCCAAUCUACUCAGAAAGCACUGCUGUUGAGCAGGGCAUUUUUGUGGAGCAGCCUCCUCUUGGAUGCCAUUGUCAGCCUUUGGUAAAGCCUCAAUUCCAGCCACAGAUGAGCCUAGAGUCAGCGAGCACUUCUGCACCGUGGCCCAAUGCUGGGGAGCUGGUGCCUGUUAGACACACCUGCAGGAUGUGGAUGAGCCCGGAAUGUAAGCAGCAAGGCUCGGUGGGUCCACAGAGCAUUGAGGCUGACUGGGGCAUUUCUAAGGAGUCGGUGUCGCCCAGAGACCCUGGGCAGCCAUGGCUGAGACCUACAUUUGAGCAAGUCUCUGCAGGUCCAGAGACCACUCCCGAGUGGAGCUUCUCUGUGGAUCCACCGCUUCCCAGAAUGCCUUCUCAGCACGUGCAGAGGUCA